GGUAGGUAAUCUGUAAGUAAGGCAGCCUGUCACUCUGUCCACACUGCAGGAACGGCGUGGCUGGCCCCCCCCAAGUUCCUAACAGACAACUUGCAUUGAGUGGGUGCUGGGCCGUGCACGGACGCUCAGAGCUUCACCCUUUCAAUGGCAUUUGGAUCUGCACGAGACGCCAGCUUACACUUGCUUCAAAGUGAAUAGGAGCAGAAAUCGUGAGAAGCGAAAGAAUUGAGGGUCAUAUGAGGCAAGGGAAAGCACAGGGCAAAUUGUUUCAAAACUCACUUCUCGUUCUUCAACCCCAUCUUUUUCUUGCUUCUUAUUCACCUAGAUCUUUUCUGUUCUCUGUGUAUCUUCCAACAAUGAGAUAGUCACACCCGACAACACACUCCUUCACCUGCCUUUUUACAACGACAUCUCACAAUGAAGCUCCUAGAUACCGCCCUCCUGGGCCUCAUCCCAGCCCUCAUCACCCUCCACCUUCUCCUGGCUCCAGACACAAAAGUAGAGGAAUCCUUCAACAUCCAAGCCACCCACGACGUCCUCGUCUACGGCACGCCAACCCACGACGUCGCCGCCCGUCUGAAGGCCACUUACGACCACUUUGAAUUCCCCGGCGCCGUACCCCGCACCUUUGUCGGCCCCGUGCUGCUCGCCGGCCUCGGCGGGCCCCUCGUCAACCUCGUCGGCUUCGCCCACGCCCAGCUCGUCGUCCGCGGACUGUUGGGCCUCGCCAACGCCGCCGCCCUCGUCGUGUUUGCCAGGAGCUUGAGGAAGGGGAUGGGCGAGGGCGUCAUGAGGUGGUGGGUUCUGUUGCUCGUCGGCCAGUUCCACGUCAUCUUUUAUGCGUCGAGGACGUUGCCCAAUAUGUUUGCCUUUGCUCUGACAACCCUCGCAUCCGCAAACCUCCUCCCAAAUCAAUCCCCGCAAUCCAACCUCCCGCGCCUCCGCGUAGCCCUCUCCCUCCUCGUCUUCGCCGCCGCAAUCUUCCGCUCUGAAGUCGCCCUCCUCCUCGCCACGACGGGCCUCCACCUCCUCCUCACCCGCCAGCUCACGAUCCCCGAACUCGUCCGCCCCUUCUUCAUCGCCUUCGCCGUCGCCCUCGCCGUCUCCGUGCCCCUGGAUUCGUACUUUUGGCAAAAGCCCCUCUGGCCCGAGCUCUGGGGCUUCUACUACAACGCCGUCCUCGGCUCCUCGUCCAACUGGGGCGUCUCCCCCUGGCACUACUACUUCUCCUCCGCCCUCCCGCGCCUGCUCGUCAACCCUCUAACCUUCACCCUCCUGAUCCCGCUCGCCCUCGCGCAGCCGGGCACCUCCCGCUCCGCCGCGGGACUCGUCAUCCCGCCCCUCCUCUUCGUGGCCAUCUACUCUCUCCAGCCGCACAAGGAAGCCCGCUUCGUCUUCUACGCCGUCCCGCCCCUGACCGCCGCCGCCGCCCAAGGCGCACACUUCAUCUUUACCCGCCGCGCCAAAUCCGCCCUCUACGCGCUCGGCUCCCUCCUCCUCGCCGUCAGCGUCCUCGCCGCCCUCGCCGCCUCGACGGGCAUGCUCCUCCUCUCCUCCCUAAACUAUCCCGGCGGCGACGCCCUCCGCCAGCUGCACGCCCUCGUCGCCGCGUCCCCCACCAGCUCCUCCGUCACGACAGUUCACACCGGCGUGCUGAGCUGCAUGACAGGCGUCACCCUCUUCACCCAGAACCGCCUCGGCCUGCCCAAGAACCCGCACUCCCGCGCCCUCGAGACCUCUCUCCAACAACAACAACAACAGGAUUCCUCUUUCUCUUCGUCCUCGCCAGGCACAGACCCGAUCCUCGCAUUCGAUAAAACAGAAGACAAAUCCAUCCUCUCCGACCCGGGCUUCUGGUCCCGCUUCGACUACGUUCUCGCCGAGGACACGGCCUCCGUAAAGGGCGGCCAGUGGGAGACGGUGGGCGUCGUGCAAGGGUACGCCGGCAUCGAGGUCCUGAAGCCGGGUUCCGCGACGUCGUCUGAGGCCGGGGAUGAAGAAACAGGAGAGAACAAGAUCUUGGGUAGAGGACUUGCUGUAAAACGUGUCCGGGAUUUCGUGCGGGGCGUGACGGGCGGCUGGUGGGUUGGGCCGCGGAUGGAGCCGCGGAUACGCAUCAUGAAGCGGGCCAAGGAUGUUGCCGGCGCCGGCGCCCGCAUCGUGUCUUCAUAGAUGGUAUGGUGUCUCUGUAGAUAAAUAGUGUGUGUAAGAAUACAAAAAGGCCUAGGAACACACCAUGACUUGGCACGACGCGCGGACGUGAUGUGAUGGCACCACUUGAUCGCUUGUACGAAGAGAGGAAGGGCGCAAGUCUCAGUUGAUGGAAGACAAUACUAGGUAUUUCAAUCGUUUCAUACGCCGUGCGGUGUGCUCCGGCUUUGUGGCAACAAGACAAGAGCAGACACUAUCCUACCACAAAACGCCAACCGUUGCAAGCAAGGCCUCGUUUCCUCUCUCUCUCUCUCUCUCUCUCUCUCUC